AUGUAUUCAAGAGCUAUGAUCUCUAUGAUUUUCCUUGGCUAUCUUGGUGAGAUGGAACUAGUUGGAGGGUCUCUCUCUAUUGGUUUUGCCAACAUCACUGGCUACUCUGUGAUCUCUGGAUUAGCCAUGGGGAUGGAGCCAAUUUGUGGACAAACUUAUGGAGCAAAGCAAUGGAAGCUACUUGGCUUGACACUACAGAGAACGAUGCUCCUUCUCCUCUCAACAUCCAUCCCCAUCUCAUUCAUGUGGCUUUACAUGAAGAGAAUCCUCUUGUGGCCAGGCCAAGACCACAAAAUAGCAUUAGUGGCACAAACUUUCAUCAUUUUCUCUAUACCUAACCUAUUCUUGCUCUCGCUUCUCCAUCCUCUAAGAAUCUAUCUCAGGACUCAAAGUAUCACAUUGCCAUUGGCAUAUUGCACAAAGGAAGCAAUGAAGAUGAUAUAUAUUUAG